UUUGACCACCACCACCACCUUCCCUUCGCUGCCACCUCCUGCCCUGCCCGUUCUCCUCUCCUCCCCUCUCAUCCACCAUUCCUCUUCCCCUCAGCAUAAACACAGCUCAGCAGGCCCCAUCCCCAUCCCAUUGUCUCUCUCCGUCCCCGGGCCGGGGCUUAAAUCCAGCACGGCCAUUGCCUCGUAUUAUUCCCGAGGACUCCUUGGUUCUUGCUGCGUCGUUCCAGGGACAGGGUGGUGGUGCCGUUCUUGGAGCGCUGUUCCCGGGCUGCUGCUUGCGGUCAGGGUGGUGUUCGCCGGCGGCGAGGCAAUGGGGAGCGGCCGUGUCUGCUCCGUUGUCGCGUCCGUCGUGUUGCUCUGGCUGGGCGUGGCCGCUGCGCAGGGUGACUCUCCUUGGAAGACGCUUAGCGGCAAUGCUCCGGCGAUCAUAGCCAAGGGAGGAUUUUCAGGCUUAUUCCCCGACUCGAGCGAAUUCGCUUACCAGUUCGCGAUGAUUGCUAGCUCGCCCGAUACAAUCCUAUACUGUGAUGUCCGGCUGACCAAGGAUGGCCUUGGCGUCUGCCUACCGGAGAUUAAGAUGGACAACUGCACCAACAUUCCAGAUUUCUACCCUAAGGGUAAGAAGAGCUACCUUGUCAAUGGUGUAUCGACAACGGGAUGGUUCUCCGUGGACUACAACGGCACCGAGCUCUCGCAAGUGUCUUUGAAGCAGUCAAUCUUCUCUCGCACGCCCAGGUUUGACCCAAGCUUCUUCCCAUUGCUCGCCGUCGAAGACGUGGCAUCCAAGUUUAAGCCUCCUGGAAUGUGGCUCAAUAUCCAGCAUGACGGUUUCUACAGCCAGUUCAACAUGAGCAUGAGGAAGUACAUCCUUUCUGUGUCGAGACGUGUUAUUGUCGACUACAUCUCAUCGCCGGAAGCAAGCUUCCUCACCAGCAUCAGUGGAAGGGUUAGCAACAACACAAAGCUCAUGUUCCGCUUUCUUGAUGAGGCCACUCUUGAGCCAUCUACCAAAGAGACAUAUGGUUCCAUGUUGAAAAAUCUUACAUUUAUCAAGACAUUUGCAUCUGGGAUACUUGUCCCGAAGAAGUAUAUCUGGCCUGUUUCACCAGAUAAUUAUCUGCAACCAUACACUUCGAUCGUCGAUGAUGCUCAUAAAGCGGGGCUGGAAAUUUAUGCUGCUGAUUUUGCCAACGACUUUGCGCUCAGUUACAACCAUAGCUACGAUCCAUUAGCUGAAUCUCUCUCGUUCAUUGAUAAUGGUGCAUUUUCUGUUGACGGCAUGUUGACUGAUUUCCCUGUUACGCCUUCAGAGGCCGUUGGCUGUUUUGCGAAUUUAAACAAAAGCAACACAGAUCAUGGGAAACCUCUAAUUAUUUCUCACAAUGGUGCCAGUGGAGAUUACCCAGGCUGCACCGAUCUGGCUUAUCAGAAAGCAGUCGACGAUGGUGCAGAUGUCAUUGAUUGCCCUGUGCAAGUGACCAAAGACGGCAUACCAGUAUGCAUGGGAUCCAUUAACUUAAUGGAUAGUACUACUGUUGCAAAAUCACCAUUUGCGUCCCAGGCAGCAGUUAUGAAAGAUAUUGAGAGUGUCCUAGGAGUCUUUACUUUCAACCUCACUUGGGAUGACAUCGUGAAGAAUCUAAAACCCAAGAUAUCUACCCCACUUAGCACCUUCAGUUUGGACAGAAAUCCAAGAUACAGGAAUGCAGGCAAUUUCAUGAGAUUAUCAGACUUUUUGGACUUCUCUAAAGAUAAGGAUUUGUCAGGAAUCAUGAUUAGCAUAGAGCAUGCUGCUUUUCUCGCAGAGGAACUCGGAUUUGACAUGGUAGAUGCAGUUAUCAAAGCGCUUGACGACUCCGGCUACAACAAACAAACUGCUCAGAAAGUUAUGAUUCAGUCAACCAACAGCUCGGUUCUGGUGAAGUUCAAGCAGGAAACAAAAUACGACCUCGUGUACAUGAUCAAUGAAGAUGUGAGCGAUGCCGCGCCUUCCUCUCUCGCGGGCAUUAAAAAGUUUGCCGAUGCCGUUUCUGUGGAAACCAGCUCUGUUUUCCCUGAAAACCGCCAUUUCACUUCGCACCAGACAGACCUCGUCGAGUCCCUCCAGACCGCCGGGCUCUCGGUCUACGCCUACAACCUCAUGAAUGAGUUUGUUUCUCAGCCGUACGACUUCUUCUCGGAUGCGACCGCGCAGAUCAUUGCCUAUGUUCAGGGUGCCGGAGUGGAUGGGCUAAUCACCGACUUCCCGGCGACGGCCCGGAGAUACAAAUCGAACACUUGCGUGAACAUGGGGAACAAAACUCCGAGCUUCAUGGCCCCUCCUAGGCCUGGUGAUCUGCUGCAGCUCAUCAGUAAGCCGGCGCAACCACCGGCCCUAGCCCCGAUGCCCCUGCUAAUGGAUUCUGACGUGUCGGAGCCGCCCCUACCGCCCGCAAGAUUGAACAAUGGUACUACAGCUCCAGCACCUUCGUCUGCACCCAGGAUGCACACUCGGAUCCCAUUCCUCGUCACCUUAGCGAUGCUUUGCGCCUGGGCCACGGUCUGAGGUCGCAAUGCCACAUGACACGCUAGAGGUCUGCCGGUCUACUAAUCCAAUGUUCUUUCCCCUCCCUCGGUAAUUCGUUUGUUCUUGUAAUUUUUGCGUUGCGGGGUUUAUAUACGGACGCCCCUAUGGCACUCUCAGUCCCUAGUGAUUAUUCAGUACAUAUGUGUUGGAAUAUAUCCUCUUAUGUUC